AAGUGAAAUAAGUAAAUAAUAUCAUUGUGUCCACUUCCAUUAUUACAUUGAAAGAAUGAGUGGCUACUAUUACCCUGACCUUAGUUUCACUUGUCUCGCUUAUGUUAGAGAUCCUGGUUUUCGCUCUCAGAACAAUAGCUAUGAUGAUGAACAUACUCGUGUACCUUUGUCGAUAUACCCAUCAAGGCCGCAGGAAGACAUGUUUUCUCCAUGGAGGCUUUUUGAAGAACGGGUCAGAACUGGACCUUAUAAUUUAUCCCGUUUCCCUUCACAACCAUUUUCUCCAGUAAGAAUACUAGUCUAUGACAACACAAAUGAAAGAGUAAACCCAAGGCUAAGACAAUUCAUCCAAGACUCACCUCCACACAUCCAAGGAGAAUGGCAUCUCCCCAGCUCUACUCAAGAAUCUGGCUUAACAAAUGAAGAAUUCAAGAAGGCCAUGAAGAAGGUAAGAAAACAAGUCUACAACCCUCCUUACCCAAGGAAAAAGGCAUGGAAAAGAAGUCUUUUUAACAACAAGACCAGCAGUAAUACUACUAACAAUAACAGUGGAGAUGAAGAAAAAGAUGAAGGUAAAACUACUUGUGUUAUUUGCUUGGAGUCCUUUGAGCCAAAUGAACAAGUUUUAGUGACCCCAUGCAACCAUAUGUUCCACCAUGACUGCUUUGUUCCUUGGUUGAAGAGCCAAGGCAAGUGUCCUAUUUGUAGGUUCUCACUUUGUGAGGGGAAAGACAUGGCAUUGGCUCUUAGCAGUAACAAUAGUAGUGCUGUUAAUAAUGAUCUCAAUGAUUUGGCUGCGGACCUUGCUGCACUUAUAAGAGCUAUGGAAGAGGCUUUCAAUUGGGUCAACCUUCGUCGCUCUGUCUGACUUAUAUAUAUUUGGUUCUCAUUUGCUCAUUAUGUACUUAUGAAUAUCUUCAGAAAUAUCAACUGUAUUUGUGUAUCUUUUUUUAUUUUUUUCCCUACUUUUGUAAGAUAAUAUGGGCUGUCAAAUAUUAAUUUUCAGUUCAUUUUCUAGGUUUUGGCUCA